AUGGAAGACGCAAAGGCUUUCAGUGCUCCGGUCACAGGCUUCAACGACAGCUCAGUCUCAGUCUUCUCCAAAUCCAAUUUGGACUCGGAAGCUGGCGACAUAGAGCUCAAUGAACUGCAGGAUCACAGUGAACGAAAAGCCGAUAAUAUCUCGACUGACCAAAUUGAACUUGUCCCAAAAAAAGCCGACCUGGAAGCCAAUGUUUCCGCAAGCUCUCAAACAUCAGGCAGGGACCAGAAGAAUGAGGAUCAAGUCGGAGAUUCCAACACUGUCGACUGGGAUGGUCCGGAUGAUCCGAAGAAUCCAAUGAACUGGCCGGCGUGGAAGGUAAAGACGCAUAUCUUCCUUGUCAGCGCCAUUACUUUCAUUAGCCCUUUGGGAUCCUCCAUCCUCGCUACAGGAAUACCGCAGAUCAUGGCCGAAUUCCGGUCAACGAACGAGGAGCUUGGGUCUCUUGUGGUUUCAAUAUACCUGCUCGGCUUUGCGGCUGGGCCGUUGGUGAUAGCGCCAUUGUCUGAAAUGUAUGGGAGGUUGCCGCUAUAUCACUCGUGCAACACAAUCUUUGCAGCCUUCACCGUCGCCUGCGCACUCGCCCCAAGCAUGAAUAGCCUCAUCGGUCUUCGAUUCCUCCAAGGCUGCGCAGGAUCGGCACCACUGGCGAUUGGUGGAGGCACAAUCUCAGACCUCAUCCCGCAGGAGCGGCGUGGAAAGUACAUGGGUAUAUAUGCUCUGGGCCCGACGCUGGGACCAAUCUUUGGACCGGUCGCUGGUGGUUUUCUGACAGGGGCCAAGGGAUGGAGAUGGCUUAUGUGGUUGCUUCUGAUGAUUGAGGGAUCAAUCACGCUCAUGAACUUCGUCUUCAUGCGAGAGACCUACGGUGUCGUGAUCAUGGCUCGCAAAACGCGCGCUCUCCAGCUCAAGACCGGAAACAAGGCUCUGCGAUCUGUGUUCGAUCAGGGUCUCACAACGCGCCAGCUCUGGCGCAAUACCCUCAUACGUCCGAUCAAGAUGCUGGUCUUCUCGCCGAUCAUCUUCCUCCUGUCCCUUUUCAUGGCCGUCGUGUACGGCUAUCUCUACCUGCUCUUCACGACCUUCCCCGUGGUGUUUGGGACCUACUAUCAUUUCUCGAUUGGGAUAACCGGACUGGUAUACCUCGGCCUCGGCGUCGGAAACAUCAUCGGAUUGGUCAUCUUUGGUGUUUUCUCAGACAAGAUCCUCUUGGCCAAAGCAGCCAGUGGGGAACUGAAGCCCGAGUAUCGACUCAUACCGAUGGUCUGGACCGCCUUCACUGUGCCCAUCGGCCUCUUUCUGUACGGCUGGUCGGCGAGGUAUGCGAUUCAUUGGAUCGUACCAAUCAUCGGCACCGGCUUCUUCGGCAUCGGACUCCUCGUCACCCUGGUAUGCACUCUGACCUACAUGGUGGACGCAUUCACCGAAUACGCCGCCAGUGCGACCGCCGCGAAUGCGGUGAUGAGAUCAAUCUUUGGCGCGACGCUGCCUCUGGCCGGGCCGAAGAUGUACCAGGCGUUGGGUAUAGGCUGGGGUAACAGCUUGCUGGCAUUCAUCGCGCUGGCCGGGUGUCCGAUCCCGUGGAUCUUCUACAAGUAUGGUGAGCGGAUACGGAAGUCGAGCAAGGCGACUUAUUAG